CCACUUAUGGGACAAAGAAAAAUGUAAAAUCAUUUUGAAAAUUGAUCUCUCUUGCUUAGACUAGUUUGGGACUGGGGCGAUUUUGUUGAUCCUCUUACUUGGAUACCACCAUUUGAAAAAUGCAAUCAAUCUGAUCACUUUACUUGUUUAGCACUAAUUGAUAGAGUCAAAUGUAAUGAUUUCACAACAGGCUUAUUUUUUUUCACUUUUUAUAUUUCGGUUAGUAGAAUGCAUGCUAGUUUGUUAUGGAUAUUAGCUAAAACCAAUCUUAGUAUGACUACAAAAUUAUGAAGAAAUUGUGUGUUAUCAUCACUUAGUUUAUGGCAUCUGUAAAAAGAGCAUAUGCAUAUUUUUUAUAUUUCCUCAAAAUGAUUAUACCUAAAUUUACUCUUUUUUUCCAAAACAAAAAAAAUGUACACCUAUAUUUUACAUACAUACAAAUAUUGGUCUUUUCUUGCUCAUGAUUUCUUGUGUUUAUGUAUGGGGCGGAGUGAUGGCCAGUUAAGAACUCGCAUGUCCAGAAGAUGAGAGUUGCGGAAAUGAGGAUGCUGAGAGCGAUGUGUGGGCUUACUAGGAGAGAUAUGGUCAGAAAUGAGGAUAUUAGGAACAAGGUGGGAGUGGCCUCCGUGGCAGGCAAGAUGUGGGAGACGAGGCUGAGAUGGUUCGGCCAUAUUCAGAGGAGAUGCACAAAUGCGCUGGUGAGGAGGUGUGAGAGGCUUGUUCUGGAGGGUUUGAAGAGAGUUAGAGGUAGACCAAAGAAGUAUUGGGGCGAGGUGAUCAGGCAGGACAUGGUUAAAUUCUCCACACACUUCUGCAAUAUACAUUGAAGUUCUAGGUCAUCAGCUUCAGUUUUGCCAGGAUCCUAAUUCGAAGCAUUUAGGCACUACUGUUUGGGAUGCAUCUAUGGUUUUAGUAAAAUUUCUGGAAAGAAAUUGUCGAAAGGGGAGGUUUUCUCCAUCUAAAUUGAGAGGAAAGCGUGUCAUUGAACUUGGGGCAGGUUGUGGCGUAGCAGGAUUUGGCAUGGCAUUGCUUGGAUGUGAUGUAGUUUCAACUGACCAAACUGAGGUUUUGCCAUUGCUAAUGAGAAAUGUGGAGCGUAAUACUUCAAGGAUAAUGCAGACAAUCUCAGAUCCAGAUUCAUUUGGUUCCAUACAGGCUGCAGAGUUGGAUUGGGGUAAUGAAACUCAUAUAAAGGCUGUUGGCCCUCCAUUUGACUAUAUCAUUGGGACUGAUGUUGUUUAUGCGGAGCAUCUUUUGGAACCACUUUUGCAGACAAUAAUUGCACUGUCUGGACCGAAGACAACAAUUUUGUUGGGUCAUGAAAUCCGAUCGACAAAUGUCCAUGAAAAGAUGCUUGAGACGUGGAAGAGAAAUUUUGAGGUCAAAACUGUUCCAAGAGCAAAGAUGGAUAGUACUUACCAACACCCAAGCAUCCAGUUAUACAUAAUGGGCUUUAAGUCACAAGGAAGUACCUCGGAAAUUGUUAGACAGAUGGCUCAGCAGCAGACGGAAGAGGUUGGCGAAACAGAAACUACACACGGAUCAGAGGAAGAUGAAAGUAAAAAUGGAUUUAAUCAAGAUGACGCGACUGACAAUGAGGGCAAGGUAGAUAACAACCUGGUUAUGGAUCUAGAUAACACGAAGCUUAGUGAAUGGGAGGCUAGAAGAUGUGGAGCGAUGGCUGCUAGGCUUCUUCGUGAUGUCAAGAUAACAUAAAUUAUAGAGCUCCUAAAACGGCAUUACCGUUGCCAACACUGUUGCACGCUGCAUUACGUGUCAAGGACAUUGAGGUAAGAUUGUCUUUCCACCAGAAGAAGUACUAGUCUUUGAAGUGCCUCUUAUGGUCCAAGUUCAAGUAAAAAAUGCAUGGAAAGAACCAAAGUAUUAUGCUUCUUUUAAGUUGGACAUGUAAGCUUUUAGUAGCGUACCACCAAUUGCAGCACGGAGGUGUGUUAGACCUCAGUUUUCGAACUUGUUUGGGUUUUUGAAGAUGUGUCAAGAAAAAAGAUGAUUUCUCAAUCUAGUGACUUUAAUGUUCAGUUUA